AUGCUCCUUGUCAUCGCAACCGGAGACCCGGAGCACUGGGGCGGGUUGUGCAUCCAGCUUCACCCUCUUGGUGAGGUGGACCUCCAUGUGCCAUCUUGUCCUUCUCUACCGGAUCCUCGGACCUACCUGCUCCUGCUGGUGGGGAAUAACGUGGUGGACAAGAAGCAGCUGGAGGAGAUCCUUCUGCUGAGCUACGUGUGCAAUGCAGAGGCAGAGUACCAGCAAGGCUUUUGUGAGAUGCUCCUGCUCUUCCAUCUCCUGGUCGAUGUCAAUGAGGUCUAUUGGGUCUUGCGGUUCUUCCUCCAGAAAACAGAGCACAGCUGCGUGAUGAACAUAGGCAUGGGGAAGAGCUUCAUCAUGCUGAAGACCUCAGGUGUAUUUAUGGAUCCCACCUUUGCAAAACAUCUGGAAGGAAAAAGCCUGCAAGUUAUUCAUUUGCUGGUCCCCUGCUUUUGCUUCUCCUUCCAGUGAACGUUCAAGUCCUUUGACGAUGUCUGGAGGCUGUGAGAGGUUUUCCUGACGGGGAAGUCCUGCCGAAAUUCCCAAGUGCUUGUGGCCUUGGCGGUGCGGGAGCAGGUCCUGCGGGAGAACAGGAGCAGGAACGACAUCCUGAUGGCAGGUCAUGCCAGCACCAAGGAUGUGGGGAACAGAUAA